UUGGUGUGGUCUGGGAACAGAUGGAUUCUUGAUUAAGUUUUUUAAUGAUGAGAAAGCCUCCUGGCGUGCUAAGCAGUCGGUAGGCCUAUCAUGUGAAAACUGGUCUCUUGUGCCCUCAGCUGUGGUGUAAUUUAGCUUUGGAGAAGGACAUACCAAUCACACAUUUUGCCCACUGGCGACUGCAUGCAGAUAUGAUACCUAACCUGAAUGUUUAGUCUAUUCGUCUAUCAAUGAGAAGAGGACAUCUCUGAAGCCCGGGAUGGAAUACAUUUCAACAGCAGUGAAAGUUCUCUUUCUUUUCUUUUUCCACCUCGGACUGUAUCUUGUUCAAAGCAAAAGUCUGGAGUGGAGCGACGUGUCACGCGGUUUUUCGUUUCAGUAUUUACACCAAACGAGAGGCGGAGUACGGAAGAGAAACAAACUAAACGGAAACCAAUAAUUAUAUCUAGGAGGGGACUGUUUUUCAACCGUUAUUCCACGCCUAUUGCGCAUCGAUGUGGAUAAUACUUUCUCUACACUACAGACGUCUCACUAGGAACCAGUUGUUAGGGGUUAGUACGAAAUUAGCUAUAUAAAAUCAAAGAAAGAUAAGAACAGAUAGAUCAAUGUGUAAUUUAUCAUGCAUAUGAGAAUUACUUAUAAACUGUCAGGUGGAUGGACCGCAACUUCAUAUCAGGAAAGUAGCCACUUUCGUAUCACAAAUAUAUAUGGCUAUAAUUUGUAAGACUAAGACAAAGGUUAUUAGCUGUGAGAUGGCGUGGUCAGUACACUGGGGCCUCCUCCUGCUCUGCAUAGUGAUCCUCUACUGCCAACCAGUGUCCACCGGCAACUACAGCUCCCGGGGGCAGUCAGGUUCGUCACAGGUAAAGACAGGUACCUGUGAAGUAGUGGCUGCCCAUCGCUGCUGCAAUAAGAACAAGAUUGAGGAGCGCUCUCAAACAGUCAAGUGUUCCUGCUUCCCUGGUCAGGUCGCCGGGACAACAAGGGCAAUGCCCUCUUGUGUUGAAGCAUCCAUCGUGCGUCAGAAGUGGUGGUGUCAGAUGCAGCCCUGUCUGGAGGGAGAGGAGUGUAAAGUACUGCCGGAUCUCACUGGCUGGUCCUGCAGCUCUGGAAACAAAGUCAAGACCACCAAGGUGGCGCGGUAGCAAAAAACCCCACCUCAGCCAGUCGACUGAGACCCUGAACGUGCCACGGCCUGGCCAGUUGCCAAUCACACACAUUUUUUGCUUUGAAAAAAAGUGAAGAUCUGCUUCAGUCCCCAGAAUAUAAUGAGGAAUACAAUAGCAAAUGAGCAGCCCUAUCAAAUGAGUAGAGUGACUGAUGUGAACUCAAGAGGAACGCCUAUGUCAUACAGUACUCAUCCUUACUUCCCUGACUGUGUCCUCUGAGAGACAGAGAUGGGUUUAGCCAUGGCAGCCAGCUCCUACCUGAGACUAACAGGCAGAUAAAAAAUAUAGCUUGGCAAGUCUUUCAAUGGGAUUCCAUAUUGUGUUCUGUCUUUCUGUGACAGAUAAAUGCUGAGCUGGGAAUUGCUGUAUGCAUUCAGGCUAAGUUUUGGAUGAGCCACACGCAGAGACACAACUGGACAAUGUUUCAAUAAAUAGACUGUGAACUUGGACCAAUGGCUUUAUGGAGAGAGACUCUUGCCUAGACUGUCCCAUUAAGCAAUGUGCCCUGCUAGUGACAAGUGGAAGCGCCUUCGAUUUGGGAAUUCUUAUUGAUACAAUAUGUGUAGAGAUUCAGCCACACACACACACACACACACACACACACACACACACACACACACACACACACACACACACACACACACACACACACACACACACACACACACACACACACACACACACACACACACAUGUGCACAGAGAGCUUUUCAUCUCACCCAGUUAGACAAGCCACCACCUGCAAGGAUGCGAUGGCAUGCAAAUAGACAGAUGCAAAACAACGGCUGUUUGAAAUGCAAAUCACGAGGAGAGGAGGAGGGAGGAAAGAAGCUUCUUCACUGCCGAGAGUAUUUACAUCACGCUUUAGUUUGUCUUUCCAACUCCCGUCUCCCAUGGAGAGGACCUCUGUAAUAGCAAUGAUGUGAAAUGGUGCAGAAAUGUCUGUGCCUUCAAGCAAAUUGUGUCUACAAGCAAAAUAGAACAGUCAUUCUAAUGUAAUUUACCAUUCUUACUUUCUGUCUUCUCAACACUUUUGUACAUCUGCGUAUACUCAUAAUAAUUGUCAUUCUUUUGUUCAUUCUUAAAGUAAUUUCAGAAUUCAGGAGCGAAGUUUUUACAUUUUACCACUACGUUGUCGAGUUGUUUUGAUGAUACAGCGCUUCAAUGAUACAGUAAACCAAUUUCUUCCUAAAGCAACAUCACAUCAUGACAACCCAUCAGAACAUGACAGACAGCCAUUUAUGAGUAAAACUCAACACAAAGAGUUGUUUGUUCACAGGUUGGCAUUUAUUGUAAGGAUUGUUGCCCUGGAGGUGACUCUGCAAAGUGGUCACUAGCCGACACAGCCACAAAGUCAGAAAACCUGUUUUUAAACAUAACCUUAGCCCUAACCUUAACCACACUGCCUACCGUAAUGCCUAACCCUAACCUUAAAUUAAAAUUUAAAAAAGCAUAUUUUAGUUUUCAUGAAUUCUUACGAUAUCGACAAUUUGAUUUUGUGGCCGGCCCAUCUAGUGGAAAUCUCUCAGUUCUGACUACAGGGCAAGAUUCAUGACAAUAAACGUCAGCCUGCUUGUUUGCUCACCACUGCACAAAUCAUUACCUUGUAAAAUUAUUUGGCAUUUACAUCUUCUUAACUGUCACAAAUGGUCAUAUGUAAUGUCAUGUUUGUGACAGAAUCAUUCAUGCUAGUGUAUAUGAUGUCUAACCUAACCUACAGAGAUUUUGGGGAGAGGGGUAAAUUGAGAUUUGUUUUUACAUUCAGCAUCACCUCGUCAAGGGAAAUAUAGUAUUAUUUCUAAGAUAUCUACAUAUAUUUCAGGAUGUUGUGUUUCCCUGGAAAUAAUCCAAAUUAAUGUAAACAUUACCGUUUUGAAAACAUAGCUUGUUCCAAGAAAGUGUUCUCUUGGCAUAACUUACCCCGUUUAUGGUUUAAGUUGAGCUCCGGGACAGGGUGAAUUAAGUUGAGCCGUGGGACAGGGUAGUUAAGUUGAGCUCCGGGACAGGGUAAAUUAAGUUGAGCUCCGGGACAGGGUAAAUUAAGUUGAGCUCCGGGACAGGGUGAAUUAAGUUGAGCCGUGGGACAGGGUAAGUUAAGUUGAGCUCCGGGACAGGGUAAAUUAAGUUGAGCUCCGGGACAGGGUGAAUUAAGUUGAGCCGCGGGACAGGGUAAAUUAAGUUGAGCCGUGGGACAGGGUAAGUUAAGUUGAGCCGCGGGACAGGGUAAAUUAAGUUGAGCUGCGGGACAGGGUAAGUAAAGUUGAGCCGCGGGACAGGGUAAAUUAAGUUGAGCCGUGGGACAGGGUAAGUAAAGUUGAGCCGCGGGACAGGGUAAGUUAAGUUGAGCCGCUGGACAGGGUAAGUUAAGUUGAGCUGCGGGACAGGGUAAGUUAAGUUGAGCCGCGGGACAGGGUAAGUUAAGUUGAGCCGCGGGACAGGGUAAGUUAAGUUGAGCCGCGGGACAGGGUAAAUUAAGUUGAGCCGCGGGACAGGGUAAGUUAAGUUGAGCCGCGGGACAGGGUAAGUUAAGUUGAGCCGCGGGACAGGGUAAGUUAAGUUGAGCCGCGGGACAGGGUAAAUUAAGUUGAGCCGCGGGACAGGGUAAGUUAAGUUGAGCCGCGGGACAGGGUAAGUUAAGUUGAGCCGUGGGACAGGGUAAGUUAGUUGAGCCGUGGGACAGGGUAAGUUAGUUGAGCCGUGGGACAGGGUAAGUUAGUUGAGCCGUGGGACAGGGUAAGUUAGUUGAGCCGUGGGACAGGGUAAAUUAAGUUGAGUCGCGGGACAGGGUAAAUUAAGUUGAGCCGCGGGACAGGGUAAGUUAAGCCACCUGAAUGAAUGAAAUAUUACCACUACCUUUUUAGAACCAUGUCUAUCUUUAUUUCCCAAACACAAUUCAACAAAAUCACAAUCACUUCUUUUGUAUUUUAAUAAUUUUAAGUAUCUUUUAACACAGGCUUAACGCCUAACAAACCCUUUGUACUUUUUUAUAAACACGUUUAGCAUAGGCCAGGUCUUGUUGUUAUCUCAUAUCCCAGUGAUAAUGCCUUGCACUAUGCCUGGGAAGAAAACACUUUCAUUUGUAAACGUACCCCAAGGCAAACAUGUUGACUAUAUUAGCCCACACAGCUACAAGGAUGCACUUUCAUGCUAGGUUUAGGACCUCAUAUUGAGACCCCAACUGAAGUAUUCAACAUUCUUAAAAUAUCUAGUAGUUUGGUUUAGAUCCAAACAUGACGAAACCUGAAACACAAUAAAUUCAUUUGACUUGUUUAAAAUCUGCUUUCUGGACCUUCUGAAACUUGCUUAGCACUUUUCCAUGUGGUUUCUUCCUUUACGGACUCCAUUAAAUUAAUCAUUGGUCAAAUGAUUCAUUUUGCGUAUUUUGCGUUUACUAGAAACAAGGGUGGCUCAACGUACCCCACUCUCCCCUACUCAACAUUAACAGUUCACAAUUAUUUCUGUUCCAAAUGUAUUCAUCAUAACCGUCUCCUAAUAACCCAGAGAUGACACAGCUAAUUAAUAAAGUGUGAAUAUGAUAAA